AUGGCCUCCAGAGCCAUGACUAUCUUAGCGCUCGCCGCUUUAGCUAUUGCGGGACCCACACCCCGAGGGCCCAUCGCCUUCCAUUCUCAAGAACGGAUAGGAUCAGUCGGAGAAACGACAUCGUCACUAUCUCCCGCCGCGUUGCCUGGCGAUCCUACGGGUUGCACCAUGACCCUUACGCGAUAUCCUGACACUCGGCCCUCACCCACCCGCACGCUUUACGAUGUUAUCGAGACUGCCACUGCUCUCAUACACUGUGGCUCCUGCCCCAACUUAUUUAUCAAGGAGUCCUUGGAUGGUCCUUCGAACAGCCCCUCUACAACUGUCCGCGCCCCAGGAACCACCACCAUCACCAACUUCCGAUGCCGGCCGACCCAGACCCAAGACCCUAUGGCUCGUCUUGAACUCGUUCGUCGGGACGAUGAUUCGUUACCUCAAGCCGACACCUGCACUACGACUAUCUCCUCACUACUACAUCUGGAUCUCGUCCCGACCCUCACCGUCUGGCCAGCCACGGAAACGACCACCAGCUCCGUCGACUGCAACGGUUGCGCCAAUGUCGUAGCCACGACCAUUCCAAUGGGCCUUGGCCCCGUUGUGCGCAAGGAGACUACCGUCACCGCUGCGACUCCCACUACGACUCUUGUGUUUGCAUGCCUCCCUACAGCAGGUGCCUAA